AAGCGCUCUCAUCACAUGACUGGAACAUUCUGCCUUAUGACACAGUGAAUCUGCGGCCAGACACCGAACAAACACCGUAACUCGGUUUAUAACGGACACACGCGCAUAUAAACAGCACAGAUCCGCGCUGCUCGUCUUCAGUACGCGGGAUUUCGCACGUAGUGUUCGUCGCUCGGGGUUUAACGCUUUCCUGACGGACUGAGGCAUGACGGUCAAACGGAGCUCCGCUGCAGGUGUCUGCUGGACCCUACUGAUGGGGUGUGUGUUUGCGGCUCAUGCUAUGACGUUUGAGGUGAUGGAUGGAAACUCCACCUGCAUUAAAGCAGAUCUCAACACCAGCUUCAGCAUCACCUACAACACCACCAAUGGAACGAGCGCGGCGAGGUUUGCGCUGCCGUCCUCAGCAGCGGUGGACAAGGGCAGCUCCUGCGGCGGCGCUGGCGUUCCUCCAGAGCUGCUGGUGUCGUUCGGAGCGGGUCACGCUCUGACGCUCCUGUUCUCCAGCGACGGACGGCUCUACCAUGUGGCCAACAUCAGCCUGCAGUACAACCUCAGCGACACCAGCACCUUCCCACAGUCCUCCGGCACAGGACUCGUGACGGUGAUGACGAACGCGACGAAGAUCUCUGCGAGGCUGAACAGCACCUACAGGUGUGUGAGCUCCGUCUCCAUCAGUCUGAGCACCGAGGUCAACAUCACCUUCUCUGAUGUGCGCAUGGAGGCUUACAUGAGCGGAGCGAACCGCAGCAGAGACGAGAGCGUUUGCAGUGCGGAUCAGCCGAUUACGACAGCUGCCCCGACUCAGCCGCCCAGAACCACCACCGCCCCGUCUCCCGUCCCGCCGCCCGCUCCGGAGCGAGGAAACUACACCCUCACCAACCGCAACGGCACCGCCUGCCUGCUGGCGCUCAUGGGGCUGCAGCUCAACAUCACGCACCGCUCCAAAUUCCUGAACCAGACGAUCAGCGAGGUCGUGAACCUGCAGCCCAACAGAACCACAGCCUCGGGGUCGUGUGCACCCUCGGUCGCUACGCUGGUACUGACUGAGGAUCUCACCAACCUCACCUUCACCUUCACACUGAACUCCACUACACAGAAGUUUUACCUGGGCGCUGUGAGCGUCUCUGCCUUCUGGCCCGACAUGACAGAUCGGUUCGCGGAGGGAAACGGCUCUCUGAACCUCCUGCAGUGCAGCGUGGGCCGCUCGUACAUGUGCAGCGCGGAGCAGACGCUCUCGAUCGUGCCCAGCUUCUCCAUCAACACCUUCAGACUGCAGCUGCAGCCCUUCAACGUCACCGCCGGCCGCUUCUCUGCAGUGGAGGAGUGUCGCGUGGAUCAGGAGAACAUGCUCAUCCCCAUCAUCGUGGGUGUGGCUCUGGCCGGUUUGGUCCUGAUCGUCCUCAUCGCGUAUCUGAUCGGCAGGAAGCGGACACACGCCGGAUACCAGACCAUCUGAUCCUCUUCAUCAUCCUCCUCCGUCUGCGCUGCGAUCGACUGCAGCUGCACGCACUGGAGAGUGUGUGUGUGUGUGUGUGUGUGUUCGCUGUGAGGUCAGGUGCAAUGGUCAGUGUAUGUAUGUAUGUAUGUACUGUAAGGUCAGGGGUGUGUGUGAUGUGAGGUCAGAGGUGUGUGUGUGUGUGUGUGAUGUGAGGUCAGAGGGGUGUGUGUGUGAUGUGAGGUCAGAGGGGUGUGUGUGUGUGUGAUGUGAGGUCAAGUCAGAGGUGUGUGUGAUGUGAGGUCAGAGGGGUGUGUGUGAUGUGAGGUCAGAGGUGUGUGUGUGAUGUGAGGUCAGAGGUGUGUGUGUGUGUGUGUGUGAUGUGAGGUCAGAGGUGUGUGUGUGAUGUGAGGUCAGAGGUGUGUGUGUGAUGUGAGGUCAAGUCAGAGGUGUGUGUGUCAGUUGAAAGCCGUUCUGAAUGUGUGUUUGUGUGAAUGAUGAUCAUCGUUUGAGUCCAGACGUUCAGCACAAACUGGACAAACCUUCACUCACGGACGUCCUCAUCCAAAUCACUCAAGUCUUUUUUUUUUUUUUUUUGUGUUAUUCUAAUGUUCAUUAUUAUGUUCUUUUUAUUCUAAAAUGCUCAACGUUUGUGUUUGUACUGAUUUUAAUUGGCUUUAUGUAAAAAUAAGUUUAUGACAUCCGCUCAUUUACGUGUGUGUGUGGGGGGGGUUUCCAGUCCCCAUCAUGCCCCAUAAUUCAAAUGGCUAAAUAAAAAUACUAAACUAUUUUUAUUUACAAUAUAAAAAUGAAAAAAAGCAGCAAAACUUUUGUUAUUACAUGUAGGGAUAGGAAAUAUGAUUAGCUCAGUGUAAAAACCAUUACGCUCUCCUGUGUGUGUGUGUGUGUGUGUGUGUGUGUGUUGCUGGCAUUAAAUGACACCUGAUGUAAAUAAUUAAUGUUUGUUCUUGUUGUUUCUUGGAUCAUGAAACCUGAAUGGUGCUGCUGGUGAAUUACCCAUGAUCCUCCACACACACACACCAGCAGCUGUAAGGGCCGUUCACACAGAACUCGUUUGUUCAAAUCUGAUUUAAACUUCCAGCAGCGUUUCAUGAGUGAGAUGCUGAGAAGAACACCGAUGCAGUGAUUCUGUGUGAACAUGAACCCUAAAAACUGAUGAUGAUGAUGAUGAAGGUUCAGUUUGUUGCUGGAGUGAAAAGGGAAAUGAAUGAAUCUUGUGCUCUUCUAAAACAUUUAAAGUGCAUGUCAGUGAGGUCUUCAUCAGCAGCAGCAGCUUCCUGACACCGUGGUGAUGAUGAUGAUGAUGAUGGUUGAUCUGUAGAUCAGUGUUUAAGUGAAUGUGAUGAUGAUGAUGAUGAUGAUGAAGCACACCGGUCAUGUCUCGCGGGGUCACAUGCAUGUUGUCGGGUCACAUGACUGCUUGUGUCACUGACGUCGGCUGGUUUCUGCUGCGCUCUGUUAUUUUUGUAGUGAAUGUUUGGUUAUUUUUAUGCUUCAGGGUUCGAGGUUAAUAAAUAAAUAAUGACUUGCA